GCCAAGCAGCCACGGAGAAGGCCAAGAAGCCGAACAAGCGAGGAGGCAGGUCGGCGGACACGCGUCAGCACCGCGAGCUUCGAGGGACCGCCUUUAGGAAGCUCAAGGCGUGCGGCAGCAGAGCGCAGCUCACGCAGGAGGAGCGAGCAGCGGUGACGAGGCAGCUGAGAAGCGACAUCGAGAGGCUGACGACGGAGAGUCAGAACAUGAGACAGGAACUUCAGAACAGAGACGUGACGAUCGCAGAGAUGCGAGGUCAGCUUCAAGCUCAGCAACAGGCUCAGCAGCAGCGGGUAGCCCCGCGCGGCGAGAUGAUGGAUCCGAAGAUUCUUCACAAGGUGAAGCCGUUCGACGGCCACAGGGCGAGUUGGAAGACGUUCAGUUUCCAGUACAGAGCGUACCUGAUCGCCCAGGAUCGAAGGUACCGAGAUCUUCUGGAAAGGUGCGAGGACGGAGCCCAGGAGGUGGACAACGUCAACCUGGACGCGCAGGAGGAAGAGCUAAGCACGCAGUUGUACUACGGCCUGGUCCUGGCGAUGCCCGAGGACUCAGUAGGCGAGCUGAUCGUGAGGAACAGCCCAGUAGGAGAAGGAGCCGAGUGUUGGAGGAAACUUCAGAAGGAGUACAACCCGAGCGAGGCAGGAAACGUGCUGGCGAUGUGGACCAAGCUCACGGACACGAAGUUCGACGCCAAAGAAGACGUGAUGGUGAGCAUCAGCAAGCUGGACGAGGACAUGACAAGGUACCAGAAGAUGGCAGGAGAACCAGUCUCGGACCUGAUCAAGCGAGGCAUCCUUACAAAGGCGCUGAAGGAUCACGACGAGCUGCAGAAGCACGUGUUUCGGAACAGCAGUCGGCUAAGUACGUACGAGCUCCUGAGAGCCGAGGUGGUGUCGGCGUUGAUGGCAGAGCGAGCGGUUCAGGACGACCCGAUGGAGAUAGGCGCGCUGAAGGGCGGAAAGAGACCGUGGAAAGGCCGCGGCAAAGGGAAAGACGGCAAGGGCAAGGAGAGGCCACCGAAUCCCGACGCCGAGAUCGAGUGCCACUACUGUCACAAGAAGGGCCACCGCAGCGCAAACUGCCGAAAGCGGAUCGCCGACGAGAAGAAUACAUCCGAGAAGGACAAGAAGGACAAGAAGCAGCUCCGUCUCAAGAAGCGCAGCCACACGAUCGACUGGAAGUACUGCUUGCCUAGCUACCACCAAUAUGUCUGCUGCUCUUGCAAGAAGACCUUUGAAGGAUGGCGAUGGCACUUCGAUCAGUGGAAGCUGGACUACUGUGCCGCGUGUGCCGAGUACUGCCUGGACAACUGGUUCAAGGACGAGGAAGAGCCAGACGACAACGAGAAGCAUGUCACCGUCGCUGGUCUUCGGCCCGUGGAUGAAGAUCAGAGCCCUGCAGAUGACCGAUUGCGGUUAGCCCCGCUUCGGAAUGCGAUCAUGCUCGACUCAGGUGCGCAGAUCAGUGCGAUACCGAGAUCACAGGUGACCAAGCAUAACUACACGCCGACGGACAGCAACGUUGUCGGCUUGAAGGGCAUAGGAGGCGAGGAGAUCGAGAGGUACGGCCACGUGGAGCUGAACCUAUCCCGAGGAGGAGAGGUCACUGGAUCAUCAAAGGUACCGUCGAGCCACCUGACGGAGCUGAGUUCGUACCUCUACGGCGUCACCAAGGAACCAGCUGAUGAGAACAAGAUCCCGAAGGUCAUGUUCGACAUCUUUUACGUAGGGACGGACCAGCUGGCUGCGAAGUACAAGCUUAAAGGAGGUUACUUCAGCAUCAGGGAGAAGAUGUCGGUCACGAAGGCCGAGCUAGACCAAGCGGUCUCUGUCUUGAAUGUUAUCGACUGUAAGAUCUUGGCUCAGGCGACGUUGUACGCGAACAAGGAGACGGAUGACUACAAGGUGUCCUUCCUGCUAGGCGUGCUGGAAGCUUGGGGCCACACAACAGUCAUACUUCAGACAGACCAGGAGCCUGCCACCAUGGCUCUGGCGCAGGCAGUUCGAGAUCGCAGAUCACACUCAACCUUGGUGCGGGGAUCACCGCCCUUUUCCAAGCAAAGUGCAGGCUACGCUGAAGGAGCUAACAAGCUAGCAGCUGGUCUACUUCGAGCCUACAAGCUGAAGCUGGAGCACAAGCUGGGCUGUGAGAUCAAGAUGACGGAUCCGAUCGUGCCAUGGCUUGUGAACUCAGUGGGGUGGAUGAUUACCAGAUUCCAGCCUCGCAGUCACGGAGGUUCCUCCUACAAGAUGCUCUACGGCAAAGAGUACAACGGCGAGAUUGCGGAGAUGGGUGAGCAGGUCUGGUAUCGGAUCUCAGCCAGAGUUGCCGCGGGACGUGGCAAAUGGGAAGCCCGCUUCGCAAAAGGAAUCUGGGUUGGUAAGAGUGAGCUGGACGAUACACAUCUCGUGAUCGAUCCUGAACGUGGAGUGCAGAAGGUCAGAACGGUGCGAAGGAUGCCUGAGGAGUUCAGAUGGCAGCCCGAGCUCAUCCAGCACAUCAGGGUGACGCCCUGGAAGCAGACGCCCGACAAGAGUUCAGGAACGAUCGGACGCAGCAUGUACAUCACGGAGCGCAUGAUCGAUGCUCAUGGUCCUACUGACGAGUGCAGGAAGUGCAGUACAGGAUACGGUUCGCAUUCGGCAGCCUGCCGACAGCGUUUCGAGACCAUUCAGGCCGACUUGCUGCGCGAGAAGUUGGCAAAGGACCCUGUGGCCCCUGAGGCUACAGUCGUGGUGCCAGCACCG